AUGUCGCGCCAUCGCGUUAAGGCUGUGAGCUACGAUGAAGAUGACUUUGACGAUGACUAUGAUUCCCCGGAUCCCGAGGAGGAGGAAUUCCUUGAGCAGUGCACUGCAGAAGUGCUAAACCAGCUCCGUGCAGGGGACCCUCCCGUCACCGCGACUCGCGAUGAGGUGCAAGAGGCGCUAUGGCACUAUUACAAUGAUGUGGAGAAGUCUGUGAAUUACCUGAGAGGUAAAAAGACGAAGGAGGUCAAGAAGAAACAGGCUCCGGCUCCGGCUCCGACUGUCAAGGCAAGGACAAGCACAGUGCCUGUAUAUCCUGUUCCAUUGUCUCCUCCGGCCUCUUCGACUGCACAUUUCUCGGCAGCCGACUUCUUUCGUGAUGCACCAUGGCUCAACAUACCUGCACACCGCAAGGCGGAUAUACUCGUUGAGCCUCUAUAUCCCCGGUUGGGUCUGCUGGGAGGAGCUCCUGAGAAUUCCGGAAAGGUAUCCAAGUUAGCUGCUUUGGCUGCUGCGCGCAAGAAGAAAGAGGGAGAGAAGUCUGCUGCACCGACCCCUACACCUCCGUCUGAAGUCGAAAGUUCCCGGCCAUCUUCCACUGAGCGAAAGAGCCCCGCCCUUUCUCUCCGUGAAAGACUUGCUAGCAAUGGCAAGCCGCAGAAAUCGUCCGAGGGUCUGCAAUCGCUUCGGUCACUCAAUAAAGGAUCGCGGCUGGGAAGCCCUUCGCCCCAGAAAAUGCCGUCCCCAGAGCCGAGAAAACAAAGCAGUCCGGAAGUCACUGGGCAGGCAGAUAUGGAACCACCCGUGUCAACCGACAAGAAGCAGGAAGAAGAAGCCGCUCUCAACAUUCGCGCACCACCGUCUACAUUCGCCAGCACGAUUGUUGGAGAAGCGACACGCCCAAAGAUGGUCGAGCCCAGCCACCUAUCCGCCAGCACAUUAGAUCUGAUCAAGAUAUACGGUCAAGAACUUGCUGAACCCUUUGAUUUUGCAGGCCCAAGCCCCGACGAUGUUGUCUUGAAUGCUCAGAGCUCUGCAAAAGGCUUCAAAUCGAAACAACCUGCUUCUAAGUCAGCAGGUGACAAGAAAUCCCAGGCUGGUUUGGCUGAAGGCAUGAACAGCCUGAGUGUGGAGGAGAAGGUGAAUGUGAAGAGCAAGAACUUAGAUGUGCUGUCUGAGUACCAGAAAACGCAACGGAAGAAAGCCAUGAAUUUCGCCGUUAUCGGUUCGUACUACCCGUUUCUCUGCGGAUGGACGGACGCCACUGACAAACGAUUAGGUCACGUCGACGCAGGAAAGAGUACGUUGAUGGGACGCCUGCUGGCCGACCUCAAAGCUGUCGAUCAGCGCACAUUAGAAAAAUAUCGUAAAGAAGCAGAGAAGAUUGGGAAGGGAUCAUUUGCCCUUGCCUGGGUAUUGGAUCAAGGCUCCGAGGAGAGAGCUCGGGGUGUCACUAUUGAUAUUGCGACAAACAGGUUUGAGACGGAGAGUACGGUGUUUACAAUUGUGGAUGCUCCGGGUCAUCGGGACUUUGUACCCAAUAUGAUUGCGGGCGCCAGUCAAGCCGAUUUUGCCGUUCUCGUCAUCGACUCUAGCAUAGGCAAUUUCGAGUCUGGGCUCAAGGGUCAAACGAAGGAGCAUGCUCUCCUCGUGCGGAGUAUGGGUGUGCAGAGGAUCAUCAUUGCUGUGAACAAGAUGGACUCUGUCCAAUGGGACCAAGGUCGCUUUGAAGAGAUCGAACAGCAGGUUUCUUCUUUCCUGACAACUGCUGGAUUCCAAGCCAAAAACAUCGCUUUCGUGCCCUGCUCGGGUAUUAGCGGCGAUAACGUAACUAGACGCAGUGAAGACCCGAAUGUCUCAUGGUACAAGGGUCAUACGUUGAUCGAGGAGCUUGAAGCUACGGAACCUUACGCCCAUGCUAUUGAGAAGCCAUUGAGAAUGACCAUUGGGGACGUCUUCCGGGGCAGCGUUCAGAAUCCUCUAUCCAUUUCUGGCCGCAUCGACGCCGGUAGUCUCCAAGUUGGCGAUCAGAUCCUCACGAUGCCAAGUGGCGAAAAGGCCACGAUACGCAGCUUGGAAGUGGACGGGGAGCCCAACGACUGGGCGGUGGCGGGUCAGAACGUCACGCUCAACCUGGUCAAUAUUGACCCCAUUCAUCUCCGAUCUGGCGAUGUCAUCUGCCGUUCCUCGGCACCCAUUGCCAAUGUUACGUCGUUUACGUGCAAGGUGUUGGCCUUUGACCAUCUGUUGCCCAGCAUGGUGGACAUCCACCGGGGCCGCCUGCACGUACCCGGCCGUAUCAGCCAACUGGUCGCAACCUUGGACAAGGUGACCGGCGCAAGCAUCAAGAAGAAGCCCAAGAUUGUUGCACCCGGCACUGUGGCACGGAUAGUGGUUGAGAUGGACCAGGCUGUACCUCUUGAGGCACCUACACGCAUUGUACUACGUGCUGCAGGUGAAACAGUGGCUGCUGGGUUGCUAGAGUAG